AGCAGCUUAUUUAUUGCUGCUCUGUAUAUGAGAGAAUCUUAAUCUAACUUGGGGAUUAAAAAAGAAGACAUCAGCCUGAUCUGCUGAAACCUUAAGCGUGCUGGAUUUUCUUUUUUUUUUUUUUUUACAUGCCACAAAGCUUCAGGGGCUCCUGAUCCUCUCCGUCAGUCCACUCCAAACACAGAGGUGCCCUGAGGAAGAGAGGGGGCUUCACGCUCUGGAAGAGAAAUGGACCGGGAUCACGGAUUCUAUCGGCAGGUGGAUGUCCAUGACCAUGCUCACUACAUCGUUGCCUUCUUCGUCCUGGUGAUUGGGACAGUUGGUGUGACUGGAAAUGCCUUGGUCAUGUAUGCCUUCUUCUGUAACAAGAAGCUACGGACACCCCCAAACUAUUUCAUCAUGAACCUGGCAGUCAGUGACUUCCUCAUGGCAAUCACACAGUCACCCAUCUUCUUUGUUAACUCCCUCUAUAAGGGGUGGAUUUUUGGGGAGACGGGCUGUAAAAUCUACGCAUUUUGUGGAGCUUUAUUUGGAAUCACUUCUAUGAUAAAUCUCCUGGCUAUUUCCAUAGACCGCUAUAUUGUCAUCACAAAGCCUCUGCAGGCCAUCCAGUGGACCUCAAAGAGACGCACUUGCCUUAUUAUUUUACUGGUCUGGCUCUACUCACUAGCCUGGAGUCUUGCACCACUUUUGGGCUGGAGUUCUUACAUACCAGAGGGCCUGAUGACCUCAUGCACGUGGGACUAUGUGACAUCUACUCCAGCCAAUAAGAGUUACACUUUGAUGCUGUGCUGCUUUGUGUUCUUCAUCCCUCUGGGCAUAAUAUCCUACUGUUAUCUGUGCAUGUUCCUGGCAAUCCGACGUGCAAGCAGAGAUGUGGAGAAGUUGGGCUCUCAGGUGAGGAAGUCAGCCCUGAUUCAGCAGCAGUCCAUCAAGACUGAAUGGAAGCUGGCCAAGAUUGCCUUUGUGGUCAUCAUAGUGUUUGUGCUUUCCUGGUCGCCCUAUGCAUGUGUCACCCUCAUCGCCUGGGCUGGAUAUGGAAGCAUCCUCAAUCCUUAUUCCAAAGCUGUUCCUGCUGUUAUAGCCAAGGCAUCGGCCAUUUAUAACCCUUUCAUCUAUGCUAUCAUUCACUCUAAAUACAGAGACACCCUAGCAGAAAAGGUUCCCUGCCUUCACUUUCUGACCCAGGCACCAAAGAGGGACUGCAUCUCAGUGUCCCAAAGUGAGUCCUCCUUCAGGGACUUAAUGCUGAGCAGACAGUCAUCAGUCUCCAAAACAAAGUUUCAAAGAGUCUCCUCAAUGUCAACGACAGACACACAGAUUUGGAGUGAUGUAGAGCUGGAUCCUAUCGGCCACUCUCUGAAGUCCAGUUAUUCCCUCGGAGCUCUAAGGGACAAAGAAUACAACUCACUGUCAACACAGACCAAGGGAAGAGAAAGCCAAAGCACGGAACAGACUUCCAUCUCAGAGCAAGGCUUGCUGAAAAGAAGGGACCACAACCCAUCACCUGACACAGUGAUGCCCCCAGUGUGGGGGACAAGAAAGGAGAAGAAUCCUAAAGAGGACCAUAGAGUACAGUGGAGAGAUGCAUAUGAACAGAGGGAGAUAAAGAAUGUACAGAAGGAGAAAGAUGAGGUGGACUUGGAGAUCCUCAUCAAACCAGACUCUUUAGACAAGACUGUAUGUGUGCACCCCUAUGCUGUUAUCAGACCCAGCUUAAAGAAAGGCUGUCUGGAGCAUGGCUACAGUGAGGAAAACCACAGCACACAAAGCAGAAAGAAAGAGCUCUUACUCGAUUUACAGCCUCUGGACUGCCCUGCUCAGGUGUUUGAAUCUGUGCAAAGAUUUCUCUCCCCAACACCAAGAAGCUAAAUGUUCAGAGUAUAUUAUUUAUCUACUGUAUGUGGCAAUGUGUUACUGUGACACAGAAGAGUGAAAAGUUUAGUUUUCUGUCCAAGAAUGCUGACAUGAUCUUUUUUAGCAGCUGUUUAUUUAAAGUGUUUUGCCAUGCACUGAAACCAGAAUCAUUUGUUUUUAUUUUUGUGCAGUUGUAUACUAUUUCUCAGACACACCUCUCGAUCGCAGGUAUGCUGUUAAUAUACAAGAUGAUGCUAAUGUUGUUUUAUUGUCCUAGGUAUUAUCAAUGCCAUUAUUUUUGUGACUUUGCAAACAGUACAUUUCUUGUAAAGUACACCUAAACUUCUACCAUGUUAUGCACUUUUUAAAAAGAAUGAAGCCAAGGAUCAACUGUAGAGCAAGAGUUAAUUGAAAACCAGCCAAUUUAUCAUCCCAUAUUGUAAAGAGACCAAAGAUGUCAUUUUUAUUUUGUUAGGAAUCCAAUUUCAUCUGAGUUUACUUUCUACCCAAGUUAUCUGCUUUGCUAAGAUAGAUAUCACUGUGGGACCAUGUACAUUAAAAACAAGUUUAACAUAAUUCUCUAUCAUACGGAGGCCUUCAGUGGAUGUAUCAUACAUUCUAUUUUACUCAGAUUCCCCAUCAUCACGUGUACAUUUCAAUUGUUUUCAAGAGAUCUUGACUUGCUCAUUUUUCUUAUUUGUGUCAGGAUAAAAAUGCAGAUUUUCUGGUCAUUAGUAAAUUUAUGAGGUCUAGAGAAAAUGACUAAAAACAUUUCCCAAUCACAGAAAAACAAUUAAUGUUACCUCAGUAUAAAUAGCGAAAUAAUCAUAGAACAAAAAGUAAAUGGCAGAUUACUUUGUUGUUGAAACAGUGCCUCUUGCCAUCAAAUCUUAUACUGAUGGAAAGCCAGUUUAUUUCCUUUAUAAAUGAUGCCACAUUUGCAGGGAACAUGCUUUUAUGGGAUGAGCAGCAGAGCUGAGUAUGUGAGAUGUAC